CCGACCAUCAAUACAACCACGAAGAAGAAGAAGAAGAAGAAGAAGCGGCGUUGUGUUGAAAACAGACACAAAGUGGUUAAAUAACUGUAACUACAGAAACAUGUCGAUUGUCUUUGUGCCAAAGAAACUACGAGGGAAGGCGAAAAUUAACCAAGAAACAAUACAGAGGUUACUGGAUGAAAACGACCAGUUGGUUAGAUGCAUCGCUGAAUACAUGCAGAAAGGACGAGCAGUGGAGUGUGUACAAUACCAACAGAUCCUGCACCGCAACAUCGUCUAUCUAGCAACCAUAGCUGAUGCCAACCCAGACAACAUGCCCCCCUCUUCAACUGCUACAGCCAAUGAAACCCCAGCCUCGACACCAACUGUGAAUGGGCAUUGAGGGACAUGAUGAUGGCAGCUUGUGUCACCCCUUGGACAUUAAUGUUUCACUGUAAAAUAUAUUUAUAAUAACCAUUGUUUUGAGCAGUGUUGUCCAUUCCAGGAUCACUGAUGUUUCAAUCCAGAUAUAAUGAAUAUUUGUUGUGUAAAAAGUAUUUUGUUAGACUCAUCUGAAUUGUGCAUUAAAAAAAGUUAUAUUUUUGA